AUGGGGAAUGAAUUAUUAUUACUUGCAAAAAAUGAUGAAAAUAAUUUUCCAAAAAAUUUUGAAAAAUAUAAUGAAAAUAAAAGAAUUAAUUUUCCUUAUAAAAUAAAUGAUAAUAUUCAAUUAGAUAUUAAUUUUAAAGCUUUUAAUGAAAUUGAAAAUAAAACAAAUAUUCCUACUUUGUGGUCAUUUAUGGAUGAAAAUGGAAGUGAAGAAAGAAAAAAAUUAAUUGAAGAAGAAAUUGAAGAUCCAUUUAAAAUGAAUAAAAAGUAG